AUCGAUAUCUUAGAUUGAGAUGACGAGUGUGUUCACGCAGAGCCGCGUCCUCCAGAGCUUCCGCGCCUUGGGCGUCGUCGCCUCCGACGUGCCGGUCGUGCUCUCGCGCACGGGCUUCAUCACCGUCGCGACCGGCAAGAGCUUCCAGGUCUACGACACGGAGAAGCUGACGCCGGUCGCGGUCUCGUCGCCGCUGCCCAAGAAGAUCCGGGCGCUGCAGACCGUCUUGAAGCACAACCGGACGUUCGCCGCGGUGGGCCGCAACAUCCACGUCUUCAGCCGCAUCACCGAGACGCACGUGCUCUCUGGGCACCAGGCGCCGAUCCUGCAGCUGCUCGCGGUCGGCGACGUUCUCUUCUCGAUCGCCGAAGACAACACGAUGCGCAUCUGGUCGACCACGGACCUCGAGCUGCUCGAGACCAUCACGUUUGAGGCCGCGUUCACGCCCACGUUCCUCUUGCACCCGUCGACGUACCUCAACAAGGUGCUUGUCGGCUCGACGCAGGGCGCGCUGCAGCUCUGGAACGUCCAUACGCUCAAGUGCGUCUUUGCCUUCAAGGGCUGGGGCUCGGAAGUGACGGCCAUGGCGCAGAGUCCGGCCGUCGACGUCGUCGCGAUUGGCCUCGCAGACGGCCGCAUCCUGCUGCACAACCUCAAGUUCGACACGACGCUCAUGACAUUCUCGCAAAGCAAGGAAGGCCGCGUCACGAGCCUCUCGUUCCGCGCCGACGACAAGGCGCCGUGGCUGGCCUCGGGCACGACCUCGGGCUCGGUGCUCCUCUGGAACCUCGAGACGCAGCGCUUGGAGUCGACGAUCCUCGGCGCCCACGAAGCGCCGAUCGCGUCGACCGUCUUCUUCCCCAACGAGCCGCUCUUGCUGACGUCGGCCGGCGACAAUGCGCUCAAGAUUUGGAUUUUCGACGAGCUCGAGGCGCGGGGCCGCCUUCUCAAGUCGCGCUCCGGCCACAAGGCGCCGCCGACCAAGAUCCGGUACUACGGCAACGACGUCGUCCAAAAGACGGACGGUACCGUGUGCCAGAUCCUCUCGGCGGGCCAGGACCGCGCGUUCCGGCUCUUCCACACGGCGCGCGAGCAGCAAAGCACCGAGCUCUCGCAAGGCCCGCUGCACAAGAAGCAGCGCCUCCACAGCUCGGACGAGCGCAAGUUGCCGCCGAUUCUGCAGUUCGCGGCCAUGGAGACGCGCGAGAAGGACUGGAGCAACGUGGUCACGUGCCACGAAUCCGAGGUGCCAGCGUAUGUCUGGACGCUCGAGCGCAAGGCCAUGGGCAAGAAGGUGCUGCAGCAGGUCGAGGGCCAUACGACGCCGGGCUCGAUCGAGCACCAGCGGCGCCUCGACUCCAAGGCGACCGCCGUCGCGAUCAGUUCGUGCGGCAACUUUGCGCUCGUCGGGUCGGUCGGCGGCGCCAUCUUCAAGUACAACUUGCAGUCGGGCGAGAAGCGCGGGUCGUUCCCGACGGCCGCGACGCCCAAGGCCAAGCUCAUCCGCGCGCUGACGAUGCCCGGUGCGUCGUACAAAUCCGCGCCCGACAACUCGAUGGCCGACAAGCACAGCGGGUCGGUCACCGGCGUCGUUGUCGAUGCCCGGAACGUGCUUGUGAUCUCGAGCAGCAUGGACCAUUCGCUCAAGUUUUGGGACUUUUACACGCACGCGUGCAUCGCGAGCAUGGACCUCGGGUCACCGAUCACACACCUCGCGCUGCACAAGGACAACAACUUGAUCGUGGCGGCGUGCGACGACUUUGUCUUGCGCGUCAUCGACAUCACGACGCGCAAGCUCGUCCGUCGUUUCCACGGCCACACGCACUGGAUCACGGACGUAUGCUUCUCGCCGGACGCGCGCUGGCUUCUCUCGUCGUCCUCGGACGGCUCAGUGCGCGUCUGGGACCUCCCGACCGGCAAGUGCAUCGACUUUGUCAAGUUCAAGCACGCCGUCACGAGCGUGACCAUGUCGCCGACGGGCGAGUUCAUCGCGACGACCCACGUCGGCCAGCUCGGGCUCUUCCUCUGGGCCAACCGCGCCUACUUUGAGACCGUCUUUGUCGACUCGGAGCCGUCGUCGCCCGUCCUCAUGGGCAUGCCCGUGCCGCUCAGCGAGGUCGACGUGCCGCUGGAGACGCAGGUCGUGAUUGCCGCCAACGAGGUCCAUGAAGUCGCAGCGGAGGCGCCGGCGUACGUUUCGCCGUUGGAUGCCACAACCAGCUCGUUUGUGCGCCUCUCGACGGCGCCCAAGGCCAUGUGGCAGUCGCUCUUCCAGCUCGAGCUCAUCAAGGCCCGCAACAAGCCCGUGGAAGCGCCCAAGGCGCCCGAGAAGGCACCGUUCUUCCUCCCGACCGUGCGCAAGGACGAUGUGCACCCGACGUUCGAAGCCGUCGAUGCCAAGAAGACCAAGCCGCAAGCCAAGAAGCCGGAAGAGGCCAAGAAGCCGGAAGAGGACGUGGUCAUGGAAGGCUGGGGCGAUGGCGACGACGUGGCGUGGGGCGAUGACGACGACGACGACGAGGUCGCGGCGCCGACGUCUCGCAUCGGCAAGUCGACGGGUCUCACGACGUCGCGCUCCAAGCUCGCGUCGCUCUUGCUGCAGGGCGCGGCGACGGCGCCGCAGCUCGGCGGGAAGGGUCAGUUUGCGCUCGUGGUCGCGUACCUGCAGGGUCUCUCGGCGUCGGGCGUGGACGUGGAGCUGAGCACGCUCUGCAUGGGCGACUUUGACGUCGAGGGCAAGGGCCACCUGAAGCUCUUCCUCGACUGCAUGCUCGAGAUGCUCGAGGGCCGGCAAGAGUUCCAGGUCGUCCAGGUGUACCUCAACCGGUUCCUCAAGGUCCACGAAGACAUUCUGGUGACGGACGCGGACCUCCUUGCGCACGUGGCUGAGGUGCACGCGAUCCAGCAGGAAGGGUGGGAGCACCUCCAGCGCCUCCUCCACAACAACUUGUGCUUGGUACAGUACUUUGCCAAGAUGCAAAUGUAGACCACCUAAUCUAACCCGA